GGGCAUGACGAGGAUAACCCAGAGGAUGAGGAAGCAGCAGCUGACGGCCAUGCUGCAGGGGCUGCUUGGAGACGUGGCUCUCUCCGAGCUGGUGCCGAAGUUGUCCGGCCCUUUGCUUCACAUUCUUCCUCUUUACAAACUGGACAAAGCAAACAUCACCGUCUGUGGACCAAGUGAGGGAUAAAACAUGGAUUCUGUCACAGGAAUUGUUCCUGGCAAAAAAUAAGUAUAAUCCACCGAAGCUUUGGUAUAGAGACAGGAAGCUCCUGCGUUCAGUCCUUCGGGGAGUGACCUGUGAGAUGAUCGACAAAGUAGCGGACAACGAUAUGCAAGUCAUGGCUCAGGCUAUUACAGAGACUCCGCAGAGGAUCUCCAAAAAGCAGGCCGGAUGCGUUGCCCGGAAGCUUUUUGCAACUUUGGAGAAAGAGAGAGCUGACUAUUUCAAAACCAUCACUGACGAGGAGAUGCACAUGAUUCCCAAAUCCUUACUUCUUCAUCUGCCGUCUUCGAAGGUGAAGGAUUUGCAGGGCUCUGUGUGCCGCGUCUUACUCGACAAGAUGGAAGCGGCCGACCUGAGCUCAUUACCUGAAUUGUCCCUGUCUCGCCCCGCCCUCACCAAGAGAGCUCUGCUUUGCCUGGCAAAUGGGACAGAUUUAUUUGGGUUGACCGGUGACGAUGUGUCCAGACUUGGACCGUUUUUGUGUGAGCUUCAGUCUUCCCAACUGCUCCUCAUGGCCCCUGAAGUCCUCAAAUCCAGCCUCCAUGCCAUGACUUCCUGCGAUCACAUUCCUCGACGCCACAUGGCGGGUAUCAUUCAGCUGGUCACAAAGACUUUUGGGAAUCUAUCUGAUUGGUCAGCUGAGACUAUGGAAUCAUUGGGUCCUUUAAUCCUUUGGGACGACAAUGCCACAUCUGCUCUGCCCAAUAAGACUUGGAUGAAGGACGUUAUCUAUUUCCUGAAGUCGGGCCUGAAACGCACCUCCAAGGCCCUGCGAAGGAAAAUCUUCGAUCUCAUCAUUACCGCAUCAGCCACAAGUAACGGUAACGAUGUAAAAGAACUCACUGUGGAGAUGAUUGAAGAACUGGGAAUGAACAACAUCUACUUGACAGCUGCACAGCUGGAUGGGAUGUCAGACACAACCUUCCUUGCUACUUUAGAAACACUCAGAACCGUCUCUGGCUACAAGGCAGACCGGCUGGCCGUGCUCAGAAACAAAGCAGUCAAGACCUUGGGCCCGGUGUCACAGAUGAAUGAGAGUGUGGUGAUGCAGAUGGGAUGUAUAACUCAGGGCUUCUCCAACACAGACCUGAAGAUGCUCCCCUUCUCACUGGACUCUCUAGAGGAUAUUGCUAACUGUGGGUGGAAGGAGUCCCAGAUGGAGUCGGUGUGGAAGGGUGUUGCUAAAUAUAACAACUUGACAGCGCAGCAGCUGGGAGCUGCAGACAUUGUAGCACUGAGCCAGUUCAUCUGUGGCCUAAACUCCAACGAGUUCAGACAGCUUAGCAUUGAAGCCUUCAGGGAUGCUGUGGGCUCAAUGAAAAGUGUUGAAUGCUCCUACAAGGUUGCACAGCAUUUGAAAAGUAAUGCUGUGUCUGCAAAUGGAAGUCCCAACACCUGGACUGAAGCACAAGUGUAUGAGCUGGGCAACAUCAUUGCUGGGUUGGAUGCAACUGAGUUGGCUUCUUUAGACCCGUCUGUCUUCUCAUUCAUCCACGAGUUGUGCAUCCCGCUCAUACCACCAGGCAACUUUGCUGGUCUCUCUGUUGUUCAGCUGGAGGCUCUUGGACCUGACAACGCUGCCAUGGUAACCAGUGAACAGCGAGCUGCCCUAAAAGACGAGCAGCUGGCCGCACUUGAAAGGUCCGUGACCGGGUCACCUGACCAAACACAAAGAUCUGACCACUCAGGAGCUCCAUCGAUGAACAUCGAGGGGAUCUCAGCCUUCAUGAAGCCGCUUCUGUUUCUCCUCAUGGGGUUCCUGCUGCUGUGACAGCAGAGUCUGCACAUCCAACUGCAAACUAAGCAACCAUUAUGUUAUAGUGACAUGUCAUUCUUAUGUUAUUUCAAUGAAGACUUCCCUUAGAUUGUCUGAGAUCAUUUGUGUGACAGCGUAGGAGUGUGGCUUUUCUAAACAUUAACAAGUACCCAACAUAAUCAUGACCUGUUAAGAUGUGUAAGGAAUAUUGCAUAUUCUGUCUCUAUAUAUUUAUAAGAAAGUAUAUUUUAAUAGAAUGAAGAAGAAUAUUUAAUGUGUGUCACUCUGA